AUGGCGCUCGAUGUCCAUUCACAUCGUGUCCAGCUGAUCGUCACAGCACUCGCAGCUUCCCUGGCCACUGCAGGGCUUUUCACCGCGUACCAACAGCACUCGCGGCACCGCAAAAGGCGAGACCUUGACCAGGAUAUUCGCCGCACACUUGCUUCCCGCAAGCCACAGUCCCUGCCGACCGCACACUCGACAAUAGAUGAGACCGAGCAUGUCGAGCGUGACAUCGCACUCGGGACCAACUUCCAAGGCGCUGACUAUGAGUACGAUGAGGAGCUCGUGAAGGAGCAGCUCGCACGCAAUUACGCGUUCUUUGGCGAGGAGGGCAUGGCGCAGAUACGCAAGCGUACUGUCGUGGUCGUUGGGUGCGGGGGCGUCGGCAGCUGGGCCGCCAUUAUGCUCGUAAGAUCGGGUAUCUCGCGGAUCCGGCUCGUUGACUUCGACUAUGUCACUCUCUCGUCCCUCAACAGACAUGCAACUGCGGUGCUCGCGGACGUCGGCACGCCAAAAGUGCGCUGUAUCGAGCGCACGCUGAAGCAAAUAGCGCGAUGGGUGGACGUCGAUGCGCGCAUUGACCUCUGGCAGAAGGAGACGGGUGGGGACCUGCUCGAGGGUGCAGACUGGGUCAUUGAUGCCAUCGACAACAUCACUACCAAAGUCGACCUGCUCAAGUACUGCCACGACCACAACAUCAAGGUGUUCUCCUCGAUGGGCGCCGGCGCAAAAUGCGACCCGACGCGCAUCCAGAUCAGCGACAUCUCGUACACGAUGUAUGAUCCGCUCGCGCGCGCGGUGCGGCGGCGCCUACGCCUGCAGGGCGUGUCCGGCGGGAUCCCCGUCGUGUACUCGACCGAGGUUCCUGGAGACGUGAAGCUGCUCCCGCUCCCCGAAGAGGAGUUCAAGAAGGGCGCCGUGAAGGAGCUCGGCGUGUUGGACGACUUCCGCGUGCGGAUCCUGCCCGUGCUCGGACCGCUCCCCUCUAUCUUCGGCCUGCAAAUCGCGACGUACAUACUAUGCGAGCUCGCUGGCAAGCCAAUCACGAACCCGCUCCCCGUCAAGGGCCGCCAGAAGCUCUACAAGCACCUCUACCGCGACCUGCUACAGCGCGAGAUGAAGCUCACGGGGCAGCAAAUAAAUAGACUGCCGAUCGAUGAGGAUGAUGCCGGCCUGUUGUUCGACGACAUCUCGCGCGGGCGCUCGGCGGUGCCGCCGCAUGCGGUGCCCUCGCGCCCUUCGCUCGUGCGCUGGGACCCCGCGGCGCCGCUGGCGCUCGAAAAUUGCGUCGCGCUGGAGCACGACGAGGCGGCGCGCCAUGUGAAGGAGUGCUAUGAGGGUGAGCGGCGCCCGGAGGAGGUGUGGGGAGAGGAGGUCGCUGCGGUGGUGAGGCGCCGGGCGGAAGAAGUGCGUCGAGUCAGGGAGUGGGUUAUGUAGAUUUUGCGGCACGCAGAGCCGCUGUGCUGAGCUCUGGCAGCGGUCGCAGUCGCAGGAAUGAUGAUAGAACUGCCCUCAUGCAUCGA